GAUAAGGUUCGCGGCAUGGACUCACUACCACACGCCAAUAACUAUCAACAAUGAGAGUCAUUAUUGCAAGUGUUUGGCCGUUUAGCGAACUAACUAACCCUUCCAGUUGAGCUCGUGCAGUGCAUUUGUGAGCCUGUUAGUGAUGCUGCGUUCAGUUCGAAUUCCGUCCGUCGACGAAUGAGUUGUGCUGAGCCGAAAAUCCUGUACCGCAUAGCGGUUCCGAGUGACUGUGAACGGAUCCGGGAGGCGUUGCUGACAUUCCACUACCCGGAGGAGUUGGUUCACGUGGCGUACUUUGGCCAACAGAUCGCAGACCCGCUGCGGGAUGAUGCCCAGUACGCGCUCACUUUCGUGCAGCAGGGUAUGGCGGUGAUUGCCGUCGAUGUGGACCACAAUCGGAUCGUUGGAGUAUCGAUCGCAAGGAGUGUACGCCCUGACACCGCGGAUCGACUGUUGGACGAGGCCACCAUUCUGGGAAAGGGUAAAAGGGCCGAGGUACUGAGGCUGCACGCGCAUCUCGAACGCAGCGCGGACGUUUGUGGCCGGUUUCGGGUGCGUCGAACGUACCAUGUGUUUGUGCUGGCCGUGGAUCCCCGGGAACGGCAAAAGGCCAUCGGCCAGAAGUUGAUGGAGUUUCAGUUGGCCCGUGGAAAGUCGCUGGAGUACCGGGUGGUGAGUGCGGAUUUCACGAGCGACCAGGCGGCCCGCAUCGGUGCCCGAAUCGAUAUGAGGUGCGUCAGUGCAUUGGCCCUCGGCCAGUACCGGAACCCAUCGGGGGAGCAGCCCUUUGUGGCUCCUCCAGAUCGCAUCAUCAGCACCUGCGCGAGGUAUGUGGCCGGUGUGUAAAGAUGGCCGCCGAACAUUAAGCAGCAGAAAUAAAAGCGCAUUCCUUUCUGUGAUCCCGUGAUAGUUUUCCUCAUUUCCGACCGUUUUCUUGUGCUCGUCUUUCCUGUGCCCGGGAGAAGAACGGAAGUUAAUGUUGUGUUUCGUCGCAAUCUGAUUACCUUUCCGUCUUCGGUUGCCAUACCGUUACGGGUUUCGAAGACAAUAAAAUGGAGCCGCCCUGUUGGUCGGACGAGAAAUGGACAACGUCUCGCCGCUCGAUACCAUCAAUCAAUCAAGUGUAUCGUUACGGAGGGAGACCAACAGUAAUGAAGCACACCGAAAAUCAUAUUUUGUUGCCACGAUGUCCAUCGUUUCAAAGCUGCAACUACUUUGUCCACCAUUCUUGG